AUGUCUACCCCAGCCUCCAACUCUAAUACCGACGACAACACCCAGACCACCACCGACGGUACCUCGCAAGGUAAUGUCCCAGAAAGACAAGACAGCAAAGCUUCUACGGGGAGUUCUUACUGCGCUUCAGAACGGGGACAAGAAGAAAUCUGGGACGAAGCAGAAUUCACUUUCGAACCUGGUAACAUCAGUCAUGCUCCGACUUGGGGUACUGACUACAAUGAGGUGAGAGAUGAUCCUGGGCCUGAUAAUUGGGCAGCAUUACAACAGCAACAGCAAGAUGCACAACAACAACAACAAGGUGGGGAGAACAGCGCCCAAGGAGGGAAUAACUAG